UAAAAAGAAAACGACUUGCAUUGUUGGAUCUUCUAAUAGCAGUCUUUCAAGAAGGUACUCUAACUAAUAUAAAUAUCAAGGAGGAAGUUGACACUUUUAUGUUAGGGGGCUAUGAUACUUCAACGAUUGCUAUAAGCUUUCUGUUAGCACUAUUAGCUGAGCAUAAAGACAUUCAGAAUCGUGUCAGAAAGGAAAUUGAUACUGUUAUGCAAGAGAAUGGAGGGAAAUUUACUAUGAAAUCAUUUCAAAAUCUAUCAUAUUUAGACAGAUGUAUAAAGGAAGCAAUGCGUUUAUAUCCCAGCCUAUUUAUAAUAUCUCGACGUACUGAGGAAGACAUAAAAUUACAGUCAUAUUUAGUACCUCAUGGAACAAUGGUAAUUCUCAAUAUCUAUGGAGUCCACAGAGAUCCUAAUUUUUGGCCAAAUCCAGAAAUAUUUGACCCGGAUAGAUUUUUGCCUGAGGAGAUCCAAAAUCGUCAUCCGUAUUCGUAUAUACCAUUCAGUGCUGGACCACGUAAUUGUCUCG